AUGCGUGUAAAAAGGCACGGACACAACUGUCUGUGGAACAGUGCAUCAACAAUACCAAAAGCAGAUUCCUCUUGCAACAGCAUAAGUGAGUCAGCUUGUACUCCAGUUAUGCUCAAGAGAAGGAGAACCGCGUUCGAUAAGACAGCCAACGUUGAUAAUAAUAAAAACAUCUCUACAUGCCCAACAUGUAAUAAGACCGCAACACUAAAUGUCGCAGCAGAUGUAAGGCUUAAUGGAAGCUCCACAUCUUUUGUGAAACUAACUAGACUUCAGCCUUCAAGUGUGUCAUUGUCACUUCUUCCAAAAAUCGAAAGCCUGAAGCCCUCUAUAGAGGAACUAAGGGCAGAAAUACGCAGACUGAAGGAUGACAAACAGAAUAAUGCACCACAAGAAAGUAUGUUAAGGGCGUUCGAGGUGUCACCCCAGCUGGAUGAAAUUGGAGCUCAGAUUAGCAACCUCUUGCCACUGAGCAUCUUGACGCGUAGUGAGUCAAUUAAUGAAGUUGACGUCGAAACACUAUCCAAGGUAGAUCACCUGGUAAACUCUAUCACAACUGAAGUAAGUAGGAGACUUGCACUUAAAUUGAACGCGAUAGUUUACAAAGUCCCUGACACGACAAAGUUGAAGGCGAUAAGGAAAAUUUUGCUUAGAACAGCAAAAAUGCAUGAUGUUCAAGAAAACGUUUUCGACUAAAAAAAGCCAGCAGGACCACUGCUGUCCGAUACGCUUUCAAUUUAAAUCACAACUAGAAGCGGAAGCAUUCAUCAAAGCAGAAUCUAUCUUAGCAAAAAACACUGUCUUCACUAUCUUUUCUACCGGUGUCGAAUCCCUCAUCUAAACAUUACCACUGAGUUCUUUGGCAGAUUAUUGGGUUGUGAGAAUGAACUUAACCAAUCAGUAAGUCCGGUGAUGUUCUUUUUCAAUCAGACUGAGUCCAUACUUACUAUCACUUAUGUAAAUCGUAGUCAAGAUUUGACCGCAUAGUUUCAUAAAUAUUGUGUGGCGAGUAAAAUUAUUAUCAUCAUUAUUUGUCCUUUGGGUUCCUAGUGGAACA